CCGUUUCGAGAUGUGACUUCUACGACGCUUCAUGUUUCAGUCUCAAAUCCCGCUUCAAGUUCAACCCCGUUAGGUUCCUAAGUUCCUAACAGCCGGCCCUCACACCUCAUUGCCCUUCUCAACUCUUGCCGCCCCCGAGCUCUCGUCACGUAGCCGGCCGCCCCCACUCCCACCUCUCUCAGUCUCCUCCUCUCUCAGAGUCUCAAAUCGCACCCAGUCUCUCACGCCGCCCCCACUCCCACCUCUAAGGUGUGCAAGUUAUUUAAUCGGGAAGGAUUCUUGGAAGCAUGGCUCGGUUAAAAAAUAAGAAAAAGGUGUUUGUGAAGCCGGUUGCUAAGAAGAAGCAACCUACUGUGGAUCAUAUCACUGGCAGUAAGAUUCCAAUGAGCUUUGUGUUUUCAAGAGGGAAGUUGCCUGGUCCUCUCCGACAACUUCAAAUGGAUUUGAGAAAGUUGAUGCUUCCAUAUACUGCCCUCAAUCUCAAGGAGAAGAAACGAAAUAAUCUCAAAGACUUUUUGAAUGUUGCUGGUCCUAUGGGCGUAACACAUUUCCUCAUAAUCUCAAAAACUGCAACAGCACCCUACUUGCGGGUUGCAAGGACCCCACAGGGCCCCACCCUUACAUUUAAAAUACACGAAUACUCGUUGGCUGUUGAUGUUGCUCAAUCUCAACUGCGUCCUAGAUGCCCUCAAGAUCUUUUCAAAAAUGCUCCUUUGAUUGUUCUUUCCGGUUUUGGUACUGGUGAUCAGCACCUAAAGCUCACAACAAUAAUGUUUCAGAACAUUUUUCCCGCCAUUGAUAUAAACACUGUCAAGCUUUCAUCUUGCCAGAGAAUUUUGUUGCUUAAUUACAACAAGGACACAAAGCUUAUUGAUUUUCGGCACUAUUCCAUAAGAUUACAGCCUGUUGGUGUCUCCCGUAAAAUUAGGAAAUUUGUGCAGAACCAUCAAGUCCCCGAUUUGAGGAAUCUUCAAGACGUGAGUGACUUUGUCACAAAGGCUGGGUAUGGAUCAGAAAGUGAAGCAGAUGAUGAAGCAGCGACUGUGACUCUGGCUAGUGAUCUUGGCAGAGUUAAUCGGGCAUCUACAAAAAGUGCUGUCAAGCUUCAAGAGAUUGGACCCAGAAUGACGCUUCAACUCAUCAAGAUUGAGGAAGGAUUGUGUUCUGGUGGAGUCAUCUUCAGUGAAUAUGGAAGUGGUGAUGGCAAGAAAAAGCAGGACAACGAAGAAGAUCCUGAAGACCAGGAAGACAAGGAUGAAGACCGGGAAGAUAUUGUCCAAGAUGAGGAAGAUCAUGAGGAAAAUAUUGUUGAAGAUGAUGAUGAAGAUGUAGAGUAGCUACUCGCCAAGUUGGGGAUUGAAGUGGAAGUUUUCGUUGGCAUUUGAAGGGAAUCUCUGUAUCUAAUAUCUAUAUCGAUUGGGAAAUACUUUAAAGAGUAUUGCUCACUGGAGAGAGGGAUGUCUCUCCUCGGCGCUGUUGCCCACUAUCUUAAAUAUCAUGUUUAAUGUUAUGAUCUA